AUGGCUCUUCACAGGUCCACCAAUCUCGACUCGUGGACGCAAGAUCAGCUCAAGCUGAUGCUUGUUGGUGGGAAUGGUCGUGCGCAUGCCUUUUUCAAGCAGCACGGCUGGACUGACGGUGGCAAGAUCGAGUCCAAGUAUACGUCCAGAGCGGCCGAGCUUUACAGGCAAGUUCUCGCCAAGGAUUCCGCCAAACUUGACACAGUUGCGAGCCCCAAGCUCGGGCCUGCCUCACCGCACUUUGACGACGAGCACGUCGACAACGAUGCGGCGCUGCUACCACCUGUUGUCACUCCUGCUGUCGCCCUGCCCAAAAAGUCCUCCGCUGUUGGCAUGAGAAAGAUUGGAGGUGGAAAGUCGGGUGGAGGCCUGGGUGUGAAGAAGCUCACCACCAAGACUAGUGACAACCUGUAUGAUCAGAAGCCGGCAGAGACAGAGACAGCAGCAGCAGCGGGGACGGCGCCUUCUCCCGCGGUUGUGCAAGCUGCUCCUGCUCCUAGAUCUCGUUUCGUCUAUGCCGACGAUGACGAUCCACCUGCGGUGUCUACAAACUCCGGGCACGUGGUGGCACCGUCCAGUAAAACCGACUUUUUCUCCGACUUUAGUUCCGAGGCGAAGAGUUCCUCCCGUUCCAGUCGAUCUAAGACCCAGUUUUUCAACGAUCCCAGCAAGGUUGCGGAUGUAGAUAACAACGUGCGCCUGCAAAAAUUCGCGGUAAGCUCGUUUUUGACGCGGACUAGUUAUCCCUUGAACACUGGCUUGCAGAACUCGUCCUCCAUAUCAAGUGCCGACUUCUUCGACCGAAACGAAGGCAACUCCGUUGCAUCGUCCGCAGAUCUGACCGCAUCGGAACUCGUGACAAGAUUAUCAAUGCAGACUGGGAAGAAGCUCAGCUCGUUUGCGUCGAGCCUUCUUGCAGACAUACAAGACCGGAUCCGUGGAUCUAGACUUAGGGGUACCGUUGCUGCCUCAGCCGACAGCCAAGGCGUCGAGUUGAGUCGACCUUGUGCAUGCUCAUGCGCUGCAUGCAAACUCGUAAAAGUCGACGAGCGUGGCGUUUGUUGUAACCUGUGGCACCACGCCGUGCAUCUUGUGCCGUUGCCGGGCGUGGUCAGCCUCUGGAGCGGUGCUAAAGCCGUGGAGGAGCCAUGA